CGUCUGCUGCAGAGCCACAGGCUGAAAAGAAUGCAGCACAGAUGUGAUGUGGAUUUGGAGGAGACGUGUCCAGUAUGUGGAGACAAAGUGUCUGGAUACCACUACGGCGUUCUCACCUGUGAAAGCUGCAAGGGAUUUUUUAAAAGAACGGUGCAAAACAACAAGACGUACACCUGCAAUGACAACCAGCUCUGCAGUAUUGAUAAAACUCAGAGGAAACGCUGUCCUUUCUGCAGAUUUCAGAAGUGCCUUCAUGUUGGCAUGAAGCUGGAAGCGGUUCGAGCUGAUCGUAUGAGAGGCGGCAGAAACAAGUUUGGCCCCAUGUACAGGCGUGAUCGGGCCCUCAAGCAGCAGAGAAAGGCUUUGAUGCAAGCAGGGAGAUUCAGACUGGACAGCAGCCCCGCUCUAACCUCCUCCACUCACCAGAAAGACAUCACCUUCACUGAAAACAUCCACUCAGUUACUAUUUUGCACACAGACCAACCUUCAUCAAUGUCUUGGUUCUGGUCGUCUGGCUCACCUGGUCUCAGCCAGUACCAGUGUACCUCCUCUAACUGGACCGUCAAGUCGCAGCGCAGCAACAGCUGUGUGGAUUCACCCAACUUUGCUGCAGGAAUUCUCACCAAUCCUCAUGAGUCGUACUCAAGAUGUGUCAUUAGUCCAGGUCCAAAGAUGCCCCAGCUUGUCAUGGAGUUCCUGCGCUGUGAUUCAGAUGAGCUGCAGCUGCAGAAGAAAAUCACAGCUCACCUCCAGCAGGAGCAAACCAGCUGUGAGAAAAACCCAAACAGCGUCAGCCCAGUGUAUGUUUUGGCUGAUCAGCUGCUGUGCUCCAUUGUAGAGUGGGCACGCAUGUCCAUCUUCUUCAAGCAACUCAAGGUCAGUGACCAAAUGAAGCUGCUGCACUACUGCUGGAGUGAACUCUUGGUUCUGGACAUUGUCUCUAGACAAGUUCUUUAUGGUAAAGAAGACAGUCUGCUUCUGGUCACUGGACACCAGGUGGAGAUGUCAAAGAUUAUGUCCCAUGCUGACCCUGCUUUAAUCCGACUGACCCAAAGAGGAAAAGAAUUUGAGGAGAAGCUUCGACUAUUGAUGGUGGAUCGUCAAGAGUUCGCUUGCAUUAAGUUCCUAACCCUGUUUAAUCCAGAUGUUAAGGAGCUUGAAGACUGCAAGUUUGUAGAGAGUGUUCAGGAGCAGAUUGAAGGUGCCCUGCUGGAAUACACCCUGACCACCUCGCCUCAGUCCUUCGGACGUUUCACUCAUCUACUGUUGUGUCUGUCGGAUCUGCGCUCCCUCAGCGCUCUUGUUGAAGACUACCUGUAUUGCAGACACCUGAGUGGGGAAGUGCCCUGCAACAACCUGCUCAAUGAGAUGCUCCAAUCAAAGCAAAGCACAGCUGGACAUGAAAAGUCAUCUGGACUUUAUAUGGAAGCCAUGAGCUCAGAAUAA